AUUACCUGGAACAAAGAAAAGGGAUUGUUAUUGAGUAUUAUAUCUCCUGAGAUGUCAAGAUUUUCAAAUGAAAUGAUGCAAAAAGAUGGUAAUCUGAUAUACCCAUCUCCUCUUUCACCUUUUGAUGUUGGCACUGAUUCAAUAUCGAAUGAUUCUGUACCCUCAUCUUCUUCUUCUUCUUCUUCUUCUUCUGCUUCUUUCAGCCGCAUCAGCCCAAUUCUUCUUCUAGUUAUAGUGAUUCUAGCAGUCAUCUUCUUCGUUUCUGGUUUACUCCAUUUGCUCGUUCGAUUUCUGCUGAAAAGAUCUUCCCCGUCAAUCUACCAUCACUCCAAUCGAUACUCAGAAAGGCCUGGAUCUCACACACUCCAAAGACAGCUCCAGCAGCUCUUUCGCCUUCAUGAUUCAGGCCUCGAUCAAUCCUUCAUCGACGCUUUGCCAGUGUUCUUGUACAGAGAUAUUAUGGAUUUGAAAGAGCCGUUCGAUUGCGCCGUUUGUCUCAAUGAGUUUUCAUAUCACGACAGGCUGAGAUCGCUUCCCAUCUGCAGCCAUGCUUUUCAUAUCAAUUGCAUAGAUACAUGGCUGCUAUCGAACUCCACUUGCCCUCUCUGCAGAGCCUCUCUUUUGAGCUCUAAUUUUCCUCUCGAAAACCCUAAUUUGGACGAGAUUUUAGGGCGCGGAAAUAGUUCUCACAGGCAACCAGAAAAUCCUAUUCCUGGAAAUCAUCAGAAACGAGUAACAACAACAAUCGAUGAAUCUUCGAGGGAAAUGAGAGUUUUCUCAGUGAGACUCGGCAAAUUCAAAAAAAUAAACAGCGAAGAAGAACAAGAACACGAAGAACAAAUAGAAGAGGAAGGAGAAAGCAGCAACCAAAAUCACCUAAACGCGAGAAGAUGUUAUUCAAUGGGGACUUACCAAUACGUCGUUGGAGAUUCAGAUUUACAGGUGAUGAAGGAGAAAUUAAAGCCUGCAAUCUUCCAGGGAAACGGAGAGGUUGAAGGUAAGAAAAUCAGUGGGAGAAGUAACGGGGAAAGUUUCUCGGUGUCGAAGAUUUGGCAAUGGUCGAAGAAGAGUGGAUUGCCGAUUCCGAGCAGCUCGAACAAUCAAUGGAGGCCGGAAUUUGUCUGAAAUCUUCUUGAGUUUGAUCGAUAUCAAUAGAACGUGGAUUCUAUCAGAGAAAUGAGAUCAAAAUGAUUUGUUUCUUCGAUAUUGAUUGGAACUUGAUUUUCUGAGAGAGUGAACGUUUCCAAAUUUGAAGCUUCAAAGUGUAAUUCAAAAUGAUCGUCUCUCAGACCGCCAUGUGUGGAAACCUUCGCGAUCAUGAUCAAGAACACAGCAGAACAUGAAGAAGAUGGAGUAUAAUUACUGGAAAUUUAUAAGAGGCGAUUGUAACAACUCAAGUCCGCUAGUAGAAAUCUAUUUCUACGGGUUACUUAUGGUUGUCAGAUAUCCACAGUUUCUACUAGUUAUUUAUAGUUGUCAUCGGUUUUAAUAGGGAUUCUAUGUUUGGUGGGCUGUCGUAACAACUCAAGUCCACUAGCAGAUAUCCACAGUUUCUACUGGUUACUUAUAGUUGUCACCCGUUUAAAUAGGGAUUCUAUGUCUUGUGGGUUGUUGUAACAACUCAAGUCUACUAGUAGAUAUCCACAAUUUCUACUGGUUACUUAUGGUUGUUACCCGUUUAAAUAGGGAUUCUAUGUCUGGCAGGCUGUUGUAACAACUCAAGUCUACUAGUAGAUAUCCACAAUUUCUAUGGGUUACUUAUGGUU